GUUCAGAAAACAUGGCGGCGAUGUGCGAGAGCUUUACCGUAUGAGUAACUAAACAUUUACUUAUUAUUAUAAAAACAAAUUCCGUAUAAGUGUUUUGGCUGGAUCAAUUAAGUUAUGCGUACUGUUACGGUAUUGUUUACACCAGGCAAAAUAAAUCAUGACGGACAAGAGGAACAUCGGUUUGCGACACAAGGUUGGCGUGAGAGAAAGUCACAGCAGAAAAUCCUGCCCAAACUCCUACAACUGUCGUAAAGAUUUUACAACCCCAAAACGUCGGCCAAGAAUCCGAUUUAAUGGAUGUUACCGUGGAGAUUCGCCGAAUGAAACUGAAACCCUACAAGACAUCAUCUGGGAUCCAAAUUCACCAACGCAAAACUUUAAUGGAAAAGGAGCCAAUGGCAGAGUCAUUGAGAUAUCCGAGAUUGUCAACAGGAUUGCACCAAAGGUUGAUGGGCCUAAAGAGGGGGACUCGGUGCUCCAGUGGAUUGGAGACAAUGCCAUACCAUGUACUCCAGAGGUUAAACAACCCAGAGUCAGAAGGAUCUCGUCACGGCAGAGCAAUGUUGAGGACCUCAUGAAACUUGCCAAGCAGUUUGACAUCAAUAUGACCCGUCAGGACAAAGAGAGACAACAAAACGCCACAGAGGUUGAUGGUCCCACUCAGCACUUAAGUGGUAGACUGAGCCCACCAUCGGUCAACUGCACACCAGAAAUCAGACCCGACCCUUCCGAAUCAGGGUCAUGUUCAUCUGCUGUCAGGAACGCACCUGUAAAUGCACCAAAAGCAACAGUGAAGGGCUGUGAUGAUGACUGGGAAAAUGAUGACCUUCUCAAUGACUCUUUUGUGUUGGAGAUCAAUCAGAAUGAAGUGCCUUCGAACGUUGUCCAGAAACCCGAGUGUAGCUCUAGGAAUAUUGCGGCCGAGACUAAUCCCUCUGUAUCGAAUGGUAGAGGCGUCUGCCAACAGAUUCAAAAGAGCACCAACAAAAGUAGCACCUUUACUAGGACACUUCCUGAAGGCCAAACGUCUGUCCAGAGCACUUCUAGAGUAAAGCCACCUACUUCUGCACAGAAUCAAACUACCAAGAAGCUGCUAAAAACGUCACUUGAGGGAAAACAGCCAGCACAGUCAUCCCAUGGUAACAAGCAGACAGAGCUUAAUAGAGCUAGCAAAGAUUGCAGAAGCUCUGUCCAACCCUCAACUUCUAAAUUUCAAGGACUUUCAAGGGAAGACUUAAAAUCUCUUUUCGAUUCCGACAGCCUUUGGAAUGAUGAUGAGGAUGAUGAUCUUCUAUGUCAAGCUUGCGAUGAUGUGGAGAGGAUCUCUGCCAGUCAGGAACAGCAAAGACAAAGCAUGGGCUUUACCGAGCCAACACACAAUACAUCAAAAGCACCUUCCUCUGCUGACACCAUUCAAGCUCAGACUCUGCGUGUAAACGGCAAGAGCCAACCAGCACAAGCCACAACGUCCACACGUGCUUUUGUCCGUUCCAACUCGUUGCCUUGUUCCAGUGGCAGCUCUGGGUUUAAUCAGAACUCUGCAGCUGGAGGUUUCAAGCCUGGUUCUGUCAGAGCCACCUCAGAGACGAUUCUGCCACAGGGCACAAAAGUGGGAAAUGCUCCCAACUCCCGCAAUUUUACAUUCAAAAGACAUCUUUCCGACUCCGUGACACUAACCAACAAAGUAUUUGUUUCAUCCAAUGGGACAGUAAAAUGUUCAGCUGCUGAGAUCGAGAGGAAGAAGCAGGAAGCAAUAGCGAGGAGGAGAUCACGCAUGCUGGCCGACCAAAAACAAGGUGCUCCUACAUAGGAGAGCACAGAGAAGCAUGUGCUGUUAAAGUGAAUGACGUGAAUGUUCUGCACUGUAACAGACUUAUGUUAUCACAGCGUUUCAUUGUGACACUGUUUUAUUGAGCUGCUACACUAUAACAAUUACAGCGAAAGCUAAGAAUCAUAUUGCCUGGAGAUCUUAUUCCAGUUUUCAGAAUCCGUUACUAAUUUCUAGUUAAACGCUAAUAAGUCUCUUAGAAGGAAAUGUAAUUGGACAAUUUCUCACGGUUUUCAGAAUAAUGUUAUCUGUUUGACAACCUGGCUGAAAAAAAGUAUUGCCACCUAGUAUUAUUAGUAAAAAUAAUGGCUGCACACUGUACGUUUUCACACCUUAAGCCAAAUUUUCAUAAAGUAUUUCAAACAUCAAUAUUAUGAUGGAACGUAGAAUAGUAAAUGCGGGUCUGUUUCAGUUGCUCAAAGGAUUGAGUGUAGUCUUCCAGUCGUAACUGUGGAUUACAAUAGACCACUUAUACAUUGUAAGUGUCUAAAAAUACUUGAAUUUUUGUUGUUAUCUUUGUCCUGUUUUUUUUCUGUAAAUACCUAAUUAUGGCCUUAAUUAAAGAGGCAAAAAAGUAAGAAACAUGUGCAGUGUUUUGUCCUUUUCAAAAUCUUUAUUAAAACACUUUUUGACUG